AUGCCCCCGGGUAUCGACCUCAACGAGUCUAAAGUCAACGACAUCGUCGGUGCUCUCGGUUCUACUUGGGCACUGGCAGGUAUUGCCGUCACGUUCCGAUUCCUUGGGCGCCGACUGAAGCGCAAUGACAUCUGCGUGGAAGACUGGUUGAUUCUCAUUUCACUGAUCGCCUAUAUAGUGACACUUUCGACUAUCAAAUUGUCAAUCUUGCUGUUCUACUGGCGAAUUUUCAGCGCGCGGUUCAGCAUCAAAGUGCUGCUUUGGUUCUUAGCUGGUGUCAACUUGAUGUGGGCUUUGAUAGUUCUCUCCAUCGCCAUCUUCCAGUGCUUUCCGGCGCAAUAUUUCUGGAUGCGGUAUGCACCUGUGCCCCCUAGCCCUGACGAAUUCACAUGCACCAUCGACCCCAGGAUAUUCUUCAAAGCAAACUCGAUACCCAGCAUCGUUGCAGAUGCAUUCAUCGUGAUCCUUCCCAUGCCCUACGUCUGGACACUACAGAUGCCCAGGUCUCAAAGAAUCGCCGUUAUCGGGAUCUUCGCACUAGGCGCUUUGUGA